AUGGCCAACAAUUUUAAUCCUCAAAGUUUCUAUGCACCAAUGACAUCUGACGCACGAGGAACUCAUAACUCAACUUCCUCGUCUAGUACUUUGCCCUCAACUUCCUCGUCUAUUACUUUGCCCUCAAUUCCCAGUCCUCAGUCUCAAUCUGAGUCUGCUCGGAAUACCGCAACUUCAUUCCAAUCUAAAAUACAAAAUGCACAACAAUCCUACAAGACGUUACCGAAAUCCGAACCCAUAUCAAAUAAUAAACCGUCAGACACUUUGCCAGAAACCGGAGAAAUCAUAUUUCUUCGGCUUGAUCCGUAUCUUGAAGGCGAAGAACGCGAAAAGUAUAAAUACCUCGCCGCUCCAUCACUGUGGAAGUUUUAUCACAACGCAAAUGACUGUGAAAAUCUUUUACGAAGCGAAUGUCGAGGAAAACAUGUUUUUUUAAUAUCGUCUGGUCAACUCAGUCAACAACUUGUGCCGACUGUUCAUGAUCUACCACAGCUUACUGCUGUUUACAUCCAUUGUGGUGACGUUGAACUGAAUAAAAAAUGGAGUUGUAAUUUCAAAAAAGUGAAACUUGUUUGCUGGGAUGAUGACAAAGAGUUAUUUCCUCAACUGUUCAACGAUGUUAUGCAAAUGUACGUUGAAAUUGGAGACAAUUAUAUGCGAGAAAAAAAGCGGGACGACGCACGCGAAACUUAUAUUGUGGCAAUGGAGAAAUAUGGCGAAUUGUUCCCAGAAAAUCCAAAAUAUGAAGCGUUUCUUAAGAAGUUGCAGGAAAAAAUGGAUGCUAAAUAA